GUCACUGAUUGCAGUGCAUUGCAAGGCGGUUCUUGAAAUUAUUUGAAUGAAUUUACAACUCUUAUUUUAAUUUUACCUUCCAAUUUACCAAUAUCUAAAAGUGGAUAGGAUAGGGUAUAUUUCAAACAUUUUGGUGACCGUUUAAAUGCACAGCAAAAGUAUUACCACUCUCAUUCUAGCCUACCUCGCAACUACUUAGCACAGCGAAUUAGUGUUAAACGAACGGAAUUAUUAUCUACUAUAAUUUGAUUGCAAAAUAUGGUUUCGCCUGUCGGGAAAAGGCAAUACACAUUACAAACGCAUCAUUAGUGGAAGCACGACUUAAAUCCUGCGUGAGGCCUACCGGCAUCUUUGUCAGUUGAUUUAAAAAAAUAUAUGUAAUAAGUAAUCAUGCAAUCCUGGCUUCAAAAUAGAUGGACCAGCCUAUGGCUGCUUUUCAUGGGUCUCGGGGGCCUUAUAUUGUACCUGUAUGGAUUUUUCCCGUUAAAAUACCAUUCAGGAAAGUUAGGCCACAUGGAUGAUCUUCCAAAUUUCAUUGAUGGCAUCAGUAUUGAUGGUCAGGAAGUAUACUACUCAGGUGAAAACACAGUCAUACUAAUGGUCAUUGAUGGACUGAGAUAUGACUUUGUGAAUGAGGAGUACAUGCCGUUCACAAGCAAGCUGCUGGAUCAAAAAGAGGCGUGCAUAUAUGUGGCUGUCGCAGAUCCACCUACCGUCACCAUGCCUAGGAUCAAGGCUAUGAUGACGGGCAGUGUGUCGACAUUCGCUGAUGUGGCGCUGAACUUCGGAGCGCCGGCGGUCCGCGGCGACAGUGUGUUGCGGUCCGCCGCCGCGAGAGGGCGCCGCUCCGUGUUGUAUGGAGACGACACGUGGCUGCGCCUGUUCCCGGGGCUGUGGGCAGAAUAUGAUGGCACUACGUCGUUUUACGUUACGGAUUAUACUGAGGUAGACAAUAACGUGACGCGCCAUCUAGACACGAUCCUAGCUCCAGGUGACAACAACAAGUCGACAUUUGACUUCCUAGUCCUUCACUACUUAGGGCUCGACCAUAUCGGUCACUUGGAGGGCGCGCGGAGCCCUAAAAUCAAGCCCAAGUUGCUCGAAAUGGACAGAGUGGUAGAGAAGAUAUUCUAUGCUAUGAAGGAAUGGGAUCAUAAUGGCAUAUUAAUAGUGUGCGGGGACCACGGCAUGCGGGACGCGGGGGGGCACGGCGGCUCCACCCCCGCCGAAGUGUUGGUGCCGCUGGUCGUCGUGCGGAGCGACGAUUUCGAGUGCCCACACCCCUCGGGGCCCGGCCCCACGGUGUCCCAGGUGGACGUGGCGCCCUCUAUCGCGUGGCUGCUGAGCUGCCCGCUGCCGGGCGACAGCUCGGGCCGCAUCCUGCCCGCCCUCAUGCCGGCGGACACGCGGCAGCACCUCUAUCUGCUGCACGUCAUGGCCAGCCACAACACCAAGCAUGCCAACUUCAAGAACAAGGAAUUCUACAAACAGUUCGUACGGGCUGAGAAACAGUUCGCUCAGUUCCUGGUGACUGGGCAAGAGACUGCGGCUAACAUAGCCAAGGAUUUCUACGAGGAGGCCCUGGAUGGCAUGACGGCCUACUUAGCUGAAACCACCGUCGAUUUGGACAUGUUCGCCAUUGGAAUUGCGACCUUUUUGCUAGGUGUGUUAACAGUGACCCUCAUCUGCAUGACCCUCUACUCCUUCCAAGCGGAGCUCAUUCGCAGAACACGUCCGCCUCGCUCGAACGCCGGACACGUACUGGCAUUUCUAGUCGUCCUCUUCAUAAUACUGGCCGCAAUGACCAUAACGUGUUUCAUUGCCGAAACGAAAAGCCAGUUCUGUUCUUUCCACGAUCUAUGGCUACUGGCAUUCAUACUAACUGCGUGCGCGCUGACUACAGCCUAUUUUAUAACAAAAACAGCUAUGGAAAAAAUGAGAGACUUAACAACUUUGAACGAGUUGAACAAGAUAGAUUAUUUACUAAUAUGCGGGACGAUAUUCCACGCUUGGAGUUUCAUGGGAACUAGUUUCAUAGAAGAAGAACACAUGACGUGGUAUUUCUUCUGGAACACGCUAAUGUUCUUAGUGUUGGUAAAGACGUUAGUGCUGUUGGUGAUUUACGUGAUGAAGCUAAUGGCCGACGCUACUGAGGUGCAAGAUAAGCCGGAGUUGCGUCGGAAGAUGAGCGUGGGUGUCGCGACGGUGCCUAAAUGGGUAUUGCUCAUUGCUUUGCAUAGGUACCUACGAACAAUGAACCAGACGGGCGACCGUUGGUUGUUCCUGUCCGACACCGCAGAUUGGCUGAACACGCCGGAGAACGCUAGUUAUCUUCAUGCACACAUCCUUAUAGGCACACUGCUAACGGCAUAUAUAUGUCUCCGGAACAUAGUGAAGCAUACUAACAACACGCUAAACUUACAAGCGAUCUUCACUAUCUUAGCCACGUUCUGCAUUCUGUGCUACCGAGUAACAACUAAGGAUCUGCCUUCCCCUCUCCCGGAAAUUAAAACCUGGGACCAGGUUUUUAUUGUUAACAUAUUCUGGGGAAUAAUCAUAAUACAAAUCAUCUUCGAAAUACUAAGCUACGUCGGAAUAUUUAGGAUGUGUUGCACAGUAAAGGUUGAUAACAAAUUCGGCUAUACAAAACUCAAAGAAAAAACUGAAGAUCCAUUACAAUAUACGGGCGAAUCGUGGAAUUUGGAGGAUGUCAAAUUGAAGUUAGCAAAGGCUUUGUCCCAUUUGAUGCUAAAUAAUAUGAUGUUGAUAGUAAUUCUACUCAUGAGGCCUCAUAAUGUGAUAAUGGUUCCAAGUAUAUAUAUAACGUGCGUGUUGACAACGAAAUGUUUGGAUCAUAAGAUGUUGGACGCGAGAAUGGCGCGGAACACGGAAGUAGUGGAUAUACUGAGUCAGACGCUCGCGCAUCUGUGGAUCGGGAAGGUUUUCUUCUUUUAUCAGGGCAACUCCAACAGCCUGGCCUCCGUGGACCUGGGGUCGGGGUACGUGGGGCUGCGCGAGUACAGCCCGGUGCGCGUGGGCGCCCGCAUGGGGCUGCACGCGUACGCGGGGCCCGCCCUCGCGGGGGCCGUGCUGUUCUGCAGCCUGCCAGUGCGCGCCGAACACUGGAGGAGUUAUUUACAAUCACUAUGGCGAGUGAUAAACAUCUACGCAGCCCACACCAUGUACACAGUGUUCGUCUACUGCCUGAUAACUAUAUUCUUCAGGCAUCAUCUGUAUGUUUGGACAGUAUUCUCCCCAAAACUCCUUUACGAUUUCGUGUAUACCAUUUUGACGAUACAAGCGUUACUGACUAUAGGCUUAAUUGUAGCUUUGACGCAUAUAACUAGUUGGCUAGCGAGAACGCUGACUUAUAGAACGAGGCUGUGAUAUUAGUUUUUAUUAUUAAAUAUGAAAGUAUUUGUUAUAGUAUUAAUUGUUGAAUUGUGAUGAAAAAUUGACAGAUACCUGUGUUUUGUUCAGGUUUAAUAGAUAUGUGACAGAGACGCAAAAUAUAAUGCCUUAAGUAGUAAGUUUUGAGAUAGAGAAUGUAGUUUUAUUUAUUGCGAAUUGAUGAUUGUAUUUACAAAAAAUAAUUCAAAAUUCUAUUUGAGAACAAAAAGCGAUAUUCGUAUCAAAUAGUUACCAAAAAUGUGAUGUAUGUCACGGGAUUACAAGAACCGCAAAUUUAUAAACUUCCUAGGAAAUUUUAUAAACUUUCGUAGGAUUUCACUAUUUGCAUCUCAAUUCCAUCAUAAGGCUGAACGUGGCCUUUCAGUCUUUUCAAGACUAUUGGCUCUGUCUUCCCCGCAAGGGAUAUAGCCGUGAGUAUAUGUAUGCAUUCGAAGGAUUCUAAACGAAAAAUAAAUUGUAUUAUUUUACGUCCACAUUUAAACUUACGUAUUCACGCGUAAAAUAAUAAUAAACAUUUAACCAAACGACAUGUGCGCUCUGAUUGGUUGAAUAAGUCACGUGUUCCUUCUCUUACCUCUUCCUCCGCCAUUGUUCCAUUGCUCUUGUGUUUUUGUUAAGUUUUAAAGUAAUUUUAUAACUACCUACUAUAUUUAAAGAAAAAAGUCGUUAUUGUAUCCGAAAUCUCUGUACACAAGCACUGCUACUAUCAACAGACCAAGCAGAGAGCUGUGUUAAUAGCUGCAUUUAAUGAAGCAUAAAAGUAAAAGCUCAUCUGUAAUUGGUCGAACCGUUUAGAAUCUUACGAGUGGAUAUAUCCGUAGUUUAUAAAUUUACCAAGAGUGGUCGUAAAUGGAUAAAUUUUCGAUAAUGUGGACGUAAGAUAAUAUAAUUCAUCUCUCGUUUACAAUCUUACGGGAGUUUACAAAUAUCCUGGGAAGUUUAUAAAUUUGCGGUUGUUAUUAUUUUCCGGUGACAUAUAUAACCUUGUAAAUACAUACAUUUAGAAAUUAAGAAUCAGAGAUUCUUAAAUAAGUUUUUUAGUAAAUUUGACUUUCGGCAUUAUUAGGAAAUAAUAUAAAUAUACUUAUGUAUACUAUUAUAAAAAAAUGUUUUGUGAUAGUUCUUAUUUCCUACCGAAUAUAUUUUGCAAUUGAGUUCAUUGAAAUAUAUUGAAUAUGAAUUUAUAAUAUAUUUUUAAUUUAGUUAUUAUUAUCGUCUGUGAUAAUAUUUAACCGAUUUUUUUAUUCUAAUUCAUAGUUCUAAUAGUUGAAAUUGUACACAAACAAAAGUGGAGACAUGCGUGCUAUUUAGUCUAGUUUCAAUCUUAGCGAUUUCAUCACAUUUCCUCUAGUCUUACUAGUCUGGCAUACGGACGAAAUCACACGUGUUUCACCACAUUUGUAACGAAAAAUCAUUGUAUUUUUUUUAUCCACUUAAGUAUUAUUCCUAUUAGUAUUAUGAUUUUAGCUGUGAGGCUGUUUUAUAUGAAAAGAAAAUAAUA